CCGGUAACUACAAGAAGCGAUUUAUUUAAUUGCUAUUUUCUAGAGCUUUAGCAGUAUAAAUGAACUGUUACAAAUAAGUUUAAUGUAUAGUGUGUAUGUGUACCUAUAGAUUAUAGAAAGGCCAUCACUUCAUAGGAAAUCGUUCACAAACUAGGCACAAGUAAACGACAGUCAGAGAGAAGUUGAUGUGGCGCGUUAGGAUGAGCACAGGAUAAUCGGAUAAACGUGUAGUAUAUAUAUAUAUGUAUGUAUAGUUCGUUCACGAACGUGUUGAGGUGGAAUCAAGCACACACAACCACUCGCCAACAUCUCGGCAAAUAGCGUGUGUCUUGAGCGUACACCCAUGAACCACUACAUCUCUACAUCAUAGCCCUACAUCCUUAAAAUUUAGCCUUACAUCGCUAAUCACGUCAGUGUCGAGUAACAAUCAUGGGUAAAUCCAGCAAACUGAGAAAGACCACAGACACUGAUAAAAAUGGUGCAAAUAGCUCUAGAAACUCCACCGGGAAGAACAUUAAGGAGUCCCACACAGCUCUGGGUAAGUCCGGCACACCAAGUAUGGCCUCCCUGGCUGGCCGGUUUGGUAGUUUUAAAACGCUUGGCAUGAGCAACUCUAGUAGUAGCAGUAUAGGCGGUGGCGGAGGUAAUAGUCAUAGUAAAAAACUUAGUUUCAAGAGAAAGGGGUCUGAUAAUGGGCCCAUUGGCGUCGUAGAAGAGGCUACUCUCAAGGUUGGGGUGGGAGUGGGGGCCGUUGUGGAAACGGGCGAGGACUCGGGGAUAGUAGUGGCAAGCCGUCAAGCGUCACACACCGACCAGCUGUCGACACACACUGUUGAUAGUACAACUAGUAGGCGACCAGUGGUUGGGAUUGAUAUGACUACGCUCUCGAGUAGCCUAAAGUCCUCACAAAUACGCGUACGGAGAACGAAUUCGGGACUGGAUCAGCUAUCAACAACCACUAUUAAUAGUGUAUCUAGUAGGGGAGUAGUAACUGGGAUUGAUAUGGCUACGCUUACGAGUACCCUAAAGUCCUCACAAAUACGUGCGCGAAGAACAAGUUCCGGGCUAGCAUCACUGGACAGCGGUCUAGACAAUGACCACGCCAGUACACGCUUGAGUGCGUAUGAGGAUGCCACACUUAAAACGGGGGAAAACAGUAGUGAGGGAUCACAUGUGUCUAUGGAGAGGAAUUCGGCUACUUCAAGGUCGUUUGAUAGCUUGAAUUUGACCAUUCAGGGCGAACCAGGAGAGAUUUGGCAAUUAGAUAUGGUCGAAUUUCAAGAGAAGGU